CAACUCCCAACCCAACCUGUGUCAAAACACCGUUAACUUUACAUAGUAACAUGUUUUGUUCUCUCCUCUCUCACACAACACAACUGACAGAAAAAAUAAAUUAAAAAUGACAAAAGCCAAUGCGAAGAACAAAUCCGCCUUCGCGCUCCACCCUCCUUACUUCCAGAUGAUUGCCGACGCAAUAACGUCGUUGAAGGAACGCACGGGUUCGAGUCAGCCUGCGAUAGCCAAGUUUGUCGAGGACAAGCACAGCAAAGGGCUUCCUCCCAACUUCCGGAAACUUCUGUCCGUUCAGUUGAAAAGUUUGGUCAAAUUGGAGAAGCUCUACAAGGUCAAGAACUCCUACAAACUAUCUUCUCCACAUACUGAGAAACCAAAAACCGCUCCGAAAGAGAAGAAAGUGACGGAGAAGACGAAGAGGCUGAGUCAGGUGAAGACGCCCGAAACUCUGAAAAAGAAGAAAGCCCCCAGCACGAAGAAAUAUGUGGCGGCGGCGGCAGCCUCUGGAGGAGGUAAAGUGAAACGUUUGAGUCAGGUGAAGACUCCGGAGGCCAUGAAGAAGAAGCCCAAUAUAACACCUGCCAAACGCAAGGGCACUCCCAAACCCUCCAGGGUCAACAAGAAAGCUAGGAAAUGAAACCACUUUUUGUGCUUGUUUAUGGCAGAUAGCCUGUUCAAAACAUUUGUGUGCAUACAAUGCUUGGAUUGUGUGUUAGUUUUUUGUUUUCUUUUUGUUGCCUUGCAGUGGAUUGUUUGUUAUGAUCAGCUUAUGAUUGUUGACGAACCCAAUGUGCUAGUUUAAUUUAAGGCUUUAGCUAUCUUCAUUUUCUUUUA